CGGUGUCGUCAGGAUCGCAGACCUGCGACGAGGGGCGGGGGAGCCGAAAGCGAGAGUCGGCGACAAACUUCGUCAAGCUGGAGAGAGACACGAAAACAAUCUUCUGAAGACUGAGAAGGAAGAGAAAACGAAUUUGUACAAAACGCACGCAAGUAUACGAUUGCUCCAGUCAAUCGUGACUUGAGGUCGAAUUUGGAGUAGAAAAAUGGAGGGAAUGUUUGGAUGGGGUCCAACCAUGAACCAAGGGAACCCUUACCUGGAGAUCAUCGAGCAGCCCAAGCAGAGGGGCAUGCGCUUCAGGUACAAGUGUGAGGGCCGGUCAGCGGGCAGCAUCCCGGGAGAGAAGAGCAACGACACGACCAAGACGCACCCCGCCAUCAAGGUUCACAACUACAGUGGCCCCCUCCGUGUGCGAAUUUCCCUAGUAACCAAAACUCCACCCUACAAGCCGCACCCCCAUGAACUGGUUGGCAAGGACUGCAAACAUGGCUACUACGAGGCUGACCUGCAGGAUAGACGUGUGCACAGCUUUCAGAACCUCGGCAUUCAGUGUGUGAAGAAGAAAGACGUGACUGAGGCCAUUUCCUGCAGAUUGCAGACACACAACAAUCCCUACAACAUCUCGGAGACGGAUGUGUGGGCGGAGGAGUAUGAUCUGAACGCCGUGAGGCUCUGCUUUCAGGCCUCCAUCUCCCUGCCCACCGGGGAGCUCUGUGCCCUGGAACCAGUGGUGUCCCAGCCCAUCUACGACAACCGCGCCCCCAACACCGCAGAGCUGAAGAUCUGUCGGGUGAACAGAAACUCGGGCAGCUGCAGAGGAGGAGACGAGAUCUUCCUCCUCUGCGACAAAGUGCAGAAAGAGGACAUCGAGGUGCGCUUCUACCUGGACUCCUGGGAGGGCAAGGGGUCCUUCUCCCAGGCGGACGUGCACCGGCAGGUGGCCAUCGUGUUCCGCACGCCGCCCUACAGCGACCCGCACCUCACCGAGCCCGUGCGGGUGAAGAUGCAGCUGCGCCGGCCCUCGGACCGCGAGGUCAGCGAGCCCGUGGACUUCCAGUACCUGCCCGGCGACCAAGAUGAGUUCAGGUUGAUGGAGAAGAGGAAACGGACCGAGGGAAUGUUCCAGAACCUGAAGCUGGGAAACAGCCUGCCGGGGCCUGUGUCUGGAGAGAGGAGACCGUUCAGCACAGCCCGGAGAACAGUGCCUGCAGCCAAACCUCCAACCACUCGGGCACUCCCUGCGGUGAACCCCGUGGCCCCAGUGCCUCUCGUCAAGGUCUCCCCGUUCUUCAGCCAGCAGCCGGGCCAGCUGUUCUCCACCCCGCCCAAAUCUGAGCCCCCUCCCCUCUCGGAUACCUGGCCGUUCCGCGCUCGAGAGUCCCAGGCAAAAGCCUCCCCGUUGCCCGGCCUCUCCGCCCUUAGCCCCGCCCCCGCCACCUCUACAGCUGCCUCCCAAGACUACCGCACCGUUAACCUGUCCGACCUGUUCGGGUUCAGCUUCACUGGCUUCCCCAGUAGCCAAGACACCGGAUCCAAGGUGGGAGCUGCGGAUGGGGGAGGAGGGGGAGCGGGAGGGAUCGGGGCGGGCAGUUCUGAGGUCGUCCCCCUGUCGGAGCCCGGGCCCUCGUUCGGGGCCAUCGGGUCGGGGGUGCGCUUCAGGACAGACCACACCCUGGGCGACGAAGAGCUGAACGAGUUCCCCAGCCUGACGGAGGGCCACGUUUCUGGCACUCUGGACAGCAUCAACACCGAAGAGUUUCGGGCCCUGCUGGGCCAGAGCGCGCUGGUGGGCGAAGGCGGGCUGGGUCUGAGUAACGCCGGGGGGUCCUGCACCGUGCCCCAGUCCUCCUCGGCGUCCUCCAGUGCCACCCACAACCCCGCCGACCUGUCCACCGGCAACCACAUCUGCGGGGCCACGUGGAUGAACUACCCCAACAGCAUUAUGAGUCUGCUGCAGAACGAGAGCAUGAUGGAGGGGCCCGUCGCCACGCCAACCAACAUGCCCGUCCUGGACGACCUGGACGACCUGAGCUCCAUGGACGAAGACCGCCUCAUGUCCAUCCUCAACAACGGCACCACGCCCGGCUUCAUGUCCGGUCACCACACUUAGCUCCACCCCACUCUCCCGCUCCCUCAUUGGCCAGACUGCGCUGUUCCACCAAUUCCCCGCCCCUCCCCCCUCUCUCUUCAACCAGCGACUUUGGCUGGGUUCUUGUUGCCAUGGUGCCGGAGGGGCACGGGCAACAAACGGUUGAAAUUGGGGCUGUUUUGAGAUCUUUCAGACGAGGGGUUUGUUUCUCCUUGUAUAGGUGUGGUUUGGUCAGGACUUCUCAAGCUAUGCUGGGACCUUUUGGACAGGAAUUCCAGCAUUGUGGGGGGAGGAACAUACCCUCCAAAAUUUAGGUCAGUUCAGACAUACGGGGCAUGGAAAUCCUACCUCUACAGAGAACUUGGGACAUUCAUGUGACUUCAAAACCAGAGAGGUCAUGCCCACUUCAGUCAAAUAUAAAUAUGCAAUGCUCCCCAAAAAAAAUUUUUUUUUAAUAAAAGAAUUGUAGGCAGGGCUUGAUUGAAGGAAGUCAGCUGGCAUUUCAUUUAUGGAAGGCAACUGGAUGAUUUAAGCAACUUGCUUUAAUGCUUUAAUGACCAUACAUUGGUGUCAGGAUGGACCCCAUUGUUCUUGAGUGUGUCAAGAGAAGAUACCCCACAAUACUCAUCUAGUUAAAUCUCUCCACUGGAGGGUCCCUGGUGCCUAUAACAUGGCUUACCUAGCAGCGUCCUUACGGUCACCAGACCAAGUGGCAACUGUUGAAUCCGUACCCUGGGUUUGAGUGUGAACAUGUUGGGAGGAAACUGUGAGGCGAAACUCAUGCCUAGUUUCACCUUUACGGUCCUCUGCGCCCUUUGGGACAUUUUGCAGGAGCUCCAGAGAAGCUUGUCGUCACGCUGACAAUCCCUCAAGACAGAAGAGAAGGAAUAAUCCCCUAAAUUGGGGAUCCCGGUCAAUCCGUUGGUGCUUUUUCAGUCG